GAAGAGAACAAGGAAUCCCCAGAAAAGAAAUAAUCUUAACCAAAGAAGAAAUAAGAAAAGCAGUUGAACUUGACAAAGAAGCUAAGGGUUUAAGAAUAGAGAACAACGAAUUAAGUCAACAAAA